UUUUUAGGUAAAAGAUUCCAACCUCUUUUUCCCCAAUUCACCCCAAACUCCUCAAAUCUUUUUCUUUUUCUUUUUCACCCAAAUAAUAAAUAUUAAUCACUUUCUUCUCUUCUCUAUCCAAACAAACUCUCGUCGCUAUCUCUCAUCGGAGCCGUUACCGGAUCUAGGGUUCCACCCUCACCUUCACCCACCGCAACCGGAUUCAUAGUAGAAAAGCUCUUCUAUUUAAAGAAGAGUCUUCUUGCGUUAUUUAUAGAUUACUUUGCGGUGUUGGAUGGCAUAUUAAACAACCGAAUUGGAAGCUUGACGUUAAAAUUCCGAUAUAUUUGGAGGUUAAGUGCUACAUGACAACAAGCUGACAGAAAAUGAAUUAUUCUUAUUCUUCUGAUGAAGAUGACAAGCCCUUGGUUUUCAAAAGGACAUCAGCCGCUGAUAAAUUAAAGCAUUCGGGUCAACUAAAGUCAGCUUCAUCUGCUGAUAAGUUAAAGCAUUCGGGUCAACUAAAGUCAGCUUCAUCUGCUGAUAAGUUAAAGCAUUCGGGUCAACUAAAGUCAGCUUCAUCUGCUGAUAAAUUAAAGCAUUCUGGUCAAAUAAAGUCAACUUCGAUCGUUAACAGGGAGAAACCUUCUACGUCCACUAAACCUAAACCGCCUGCUAAACAAGAAAGCGAUACAGAGGAUUCUGAAGAUGACAAACCUUUAAGCGCUAGAAUUUCGACGGCACCUAAAACAAACUCCAAUCAUGCGAAAACAGGACCCGUAAGUGCGUCUCAACGUCCCAAACCACAAGUGAAAAAUGAUGAUUCUGAUGACAAGAAACCUCUAUCGUCAAAAUUCACAUCGGUGGGGCCAUCUGUUAAAAAACCCGACGACUCUGAUGACGAUGAUAAACCGUUAUCAGCGAGAGUUAAGCAAAAUGGUUCUACAUCAAGGGAUAAUAAUAAUAAUAAUAAUAAUAAUAAUAAUCAACUUAACAAAAAACCGAAUAUUGGGUUGAACAAGAGACCUCCGAAUGAGGAAAGGUUAGCGGGUCAGUCGUCGGUUAAAAAGCCGAAACUUUCUGAUUCGGAAGACGAGAAUGACCAUGUUCCGAUAUCUCAAAGAAUGAAGAAGCAAACCCCAUCUGGUAGUAAACCAUCAUCGUCCGUUAAACAGAAGGUGGUUAAAGUUAAUUCUUCUUCGUUUAAGAAAACUUUUAAGAAGUCAAAUAAGUUUGAGAAAAAGUCAAAAUACUCAAAGUCUUCAAAGGUGCCACCUGGAUCCGGUGAAGGGCAAAAAUGGACAACAUUGGUUCAUAAUGGUGUUAUUUUUCCACCACCGUACAAGCCUCACGGGAUUAAGAUUCUUUACAAAGGAAAGCCUGUGGAUUUGACUCCCGCACAGGAGGAGGUUGCAACAAUGUUUGCAGUGAUGUUAGAUACGGAUUACAUGACUAAACCCGUGUUCAAAGAAAAUUUCUGGAACGAUUGGCGGAAGAUACUAGGUAGAAACCACACGAUUCAGAAUUUAGAAGACUGUGAUUUCAAACCGAUAUAUGACUGGCAUCAGCGUGAAAAGGAGAAGAAGAAGCAAAUGAGUACAGAAGAGAAGAAGGCUAUAAAAGAAGAAAAGAUGAAGCUUGAGGAGAAAUAUAUGUGGGCAAUAGUUGAUGGUGUCAAAGAGAAGGUUGGAAACUUUCGAGUCGAGCCGCCUGGGUUGUUUCGAGGCCGUGGCGAGCAUCCCAAGAUGGGAAAACUGAAGAAACGUAUCCGUCCAAGUGACAUUACGAUUAAUAUCGGGAAAGGUGCCCCAAUUCCCGAAUGUCCCAUUCCUGGUGAAAGCUGGAAAGAAGUUAGGCAUGAUAAUACUGUAACUUGGUUGGCAUAUUGGAAUGAUCCAAUAAACGGAAAGGAUUUCAAGUAUGUGUUCUUAGCCGCUAGCAGUGCUCUUAAGGGUCAAAGUGAUAAAGAAAAAUACGAGAAGGCAAGGUCAUUAAAGAAAUACAUUGAAGGAAUCAGAAAAGCUUACACCAAGGAUUUUAUAAAUAAGGAUGUGACAAAGAGACAAGUGGCAGUGGCUACAUAUCUUAUCGAUAAACUAGCACUCAGGGCAGGAAACGAGAAGGACGAUGAUGAAGCUGAUACCGUUGGUUGUUGCACAUUGAAAGUAGAAAACGUUGAACCAAAGCCUCCAAACAUCCUGAAGUUUGACUUCCUUGGUAAAGAUUCCAUACGAUACCAAAACGAGGUUGAAGUAGAGCUUCCGGUAUUUAAAGCAAUUCAACAGUUUCGAUCCGGAAAGAAGGGUAACGAUGAUCUUUUCGACAAGCUGGAUACAAGUACAUUAAAUGCCCAUUUAAAGGAACUCAUGCCUGGCCUUACCGCAAAAGUUUUCCGUACAUAUAAUGCGUCCAUCACAUUGGAUGAUAUGUUAAGUAAGGGCGCGACAGGUGGAAAUGUUGCUGAAAACGUAGUCGUUUACAACCAAGCAAAUAAGGAGGUUGCGAUUAUAUGUAAUCAUCAACGUAGUGUUUCGAAGUCUCAUACCGCACAAAUGAUGAGGUUGAAUGAGAAAAUAGAAGAACUAAAGGGUGUUUUAGAAGAACUAGAAACUGAUUUGGCUCGUGCAAAGAAAGGGAAACCUCCAUUAAAGGGUUCUGAUGGAAAGAUAAAGAGGAAUAUGAACCCUGAAGCGUUACAGAAAAAGAUUGAUCAAACGUAUGCAAAAAUUGAGAAAAUGGAACGUGACAAAGAAACCAAAGAAGAUUUGAAAACGGUUGCUUUGGGCACUUCAAAGAUCAAUUAUCUUGAUCCUAGAAUAACUGUCGCAUGGUGCAAGCGUCAAGAAGUUCCCAUCGAGAAGAUAUUUAAUAAGUCUUUAUUGGCAAAAUUUGCGUGGUCGAUGGAUGUGGAUCCUAGCUUCAGGUUUUGAUAUGUAGUUCUAGCAGAGGAACUCUACUAGCCAAAACAUAAUGGACAGAAGGAAACAAUGGAUUUAAUGUUUCUGUUAUAUUUUUUUUUUUCAUUUUUAUUUUAUGUACUAUCGUGUUUACGGAAAAUUCAUGUUGUAUCAUGCAUGUUAAAGAAACUACUAAACUAAUGAUGAGUUACUUGAAUAUGUGUUAAUCUUUAUUUUUUGUUGUUUUUGUAUGAUUUGAGUUGAAAACUGGAGAUGUGAUUA